GCCAAAUAUUUAGACCUUACAAAAAGAAGGUGGCUAUGCCUGAAGAAUUCUGCGAAAAAACACUGAAAACUGUCGAUCGUAUUGAGCGUCACUUAUAUGUGACGGGCUUACUUUAUUUCAGAGAUGACGAAGUAAAAUUACACACGUUGCCGAGAAGGGAGGAAGUUGCGUUGACCAACAAAUUGCCAGCGCUUUUCCGACAGAUACGGCACUGCAUCAAGGAAUUGGAUGUUACCAACGAAGUGGUUGCAUUUCGAAUGAUGACCAAAACGAAUGAACUCAUCGUGGUUGGGGACGAUGAAUUCCUAGCUAGCGUGUGGGUGAGGAAACUGGACAGACAUAAAAAUCUCUCACUGCUUUAGAAUUUGAAAGUUAUACAACUAGCAUUAUAAUGAAGAUAAUUACCAACUUGUUGAAAGAUGCAAGAGACGAAUGGCUUGUUCGAACAACUGCAACAAUAAACUGCGCAAAUCCAAUAGUGGAUCGAAUAAUGGAGGACGAUUCCGUAGAAGGAGUAAUAAUGACUAACAAGGAAGGGGUGCCGAUAUUGACAAAUGUGAGCAUCACAAGCGCUACGAAUUAUGGAAGGGCCCUACAUAAGUUCGGUGUGCUGUCGCAAAUGUAUAUCAAGGAAUUGGAUCCACUGGAAGAAAUAAUGAUUUUACGCAUACAUACAAAAAAAAAUGAGAUCAUGAUGGCACCUGAAAACGAUUUCAACAUAAUAGUCAUACAACAUGCCAGAACACGUCCCAAACUGAAAGACAAGAAAGGAAAAGACAAAACUAAAUGAUAUUUAUUUUGAAUUGUAUUGUUUUAUUAUGAUUUACAUUGAAAUAUUUUUCGCAGGAGUUCAUUAUUUUCGUUUAACCCUUUUACUUUAAAUAUAGUCCUAUUCCUUCUUACUUCAAUAUAGAUAAAAC